AUGGUAACACCAUUGAUUGUUCCACAUGCCGAAAUCUGGGUGCUGUUCCUUACUGGAGUGGAAGGACUGUUAAAGAAUUUUGCAUUAUUGGACCUUGUGAAUGACACAGCCAAAGAAAAUGUUGGGAGUAAUACAGGCUCACAUGAUUGCGAGGCUUGUGGUGAGAAGCACCCUGCAAAUUUCUGCUGCCUUGACUGCAAAGAAAACAUGUGCAAAACUGCAGCUCAGUUUCAUACUCGCAACAAGGCAAGUGGUGAUCAUCAAGUUUUCUCCCUUGAGGAACUGGAAGCAAACCCUCAGCUUGCUUCUGCAUCCCUCAUAUGCCAAAAACACAAUGAUAAAUUCCAUUUUUUUUAUGAGAAAUGUGGUCAUGCAGUUUGUAGGGAAUGCGUCGCUCUUGAACACUACGGUCACUUGUGUUUACCACUUGCUGAAGCUGCCUCAGAGUAUGGAAAGGAA